AGGGGAACAAGGAGGGGGAGCAGGAGGAGGAAGCCCGUGUGUGCUGACGGCUGGAUUCAAUUAGGAAGCCAAGUUACGCAGAAGCUAAGCAGAGACAGAGCUAGAGUCUGGCUAUGCCAAUGAGCCUCCUUUUACUGCUCUUGCUGCUGGGAAGCCUACCUAGUCACAGCCAGGAUGCUGCUCCAGUCCUCCCCAUCUUGACAGAGGACCAGAAUUUUCCCCACCUGGGGGAGAGCCUGCAGCCACCACCUCGAGCCUGCCCACCUCGAUGCUCCUGCCCCAGGGAUGAUACCGUGUCCUGCGAUGGCCUGGACCUUCAGCUUUUCCCCAGUAACAUCACCAAGGGUGCCCAGCACCUCUCCCUCCAGAAUAACCAGCUGCUGGAGAUUCCUUACAAUGAGCUUUCUCGCCUUUGCUACCUUCGGACUCUCAACCUUCACAAUAACCAACUGUCCUCAGAUGGCCUCCCAGACGAAGCCUUCGAGUCCCUGCCUGACCUUCAGUACAUUUAUCUGGCCAACAAUCAGCUUACUGUGGCACCCCAGUUUCUGCCCCGGUCCUUACGCAUUGCUGACCUUGCUGCCAACCAGUUGAUGGAGAUCUACCCGCUCACAUUUGGGGAGAAACCUGAACUCAGGUCCGUGUAUCUCCACGACAAUCAGCUGAGCAACACGGGUCUCCCCUUUGAUGCCUUCCAUGGUUCUGAGGCUGUUACCAUCCUCAUCCUUUCCAGCAACCAGCUCAGCUACCUGCCGCCCAGCUUGCCCUCUUCACUGGUUCGACUCCACCUGCAGAACAACCAAAUUGCCAAGGUGCCUCGGGGGGCCCUGGGACGACAGUCUCAGCUGCGGGAGCUCUACCUCCAGCACAAUCGGCUGUCUGACGCCGGCCUCGAUGCUACCACCUUCAGCAAACUCAAGAGCCUGGAGUACUUAGACCUGUCCAACAACAGGCUGGGUGAGGUGCCGGAGGGGCUGCCCCCGAGCCUGGCCAUCCUGCAUCUGGGCAGGAACCAGAUCCGCCACGUGCCGGUGGGACGGCUGAGCGGGCUCCGGGGGCUGCAGUAUCUGCUACUACAGCACAACCCCCUGGGGCCUGCGGGGCUGGAGCCGGCUGCCUUCCAGGGUCUGCGGGGACUGCACACGCUGCACCUUUAUGCCAACGGGCUGGAAGAGGUGCCCCCGGGACUGCCCCGCCGCCUCCAUGCCCUCAUGCUGCCCCACAACCGCGUCAGCAAGCUGGGACCUCGGGCCUUGGUGGCCACACCCUUUCUGGUCGACCUCAACCUGGCCCACAACAGACUCACCAGCGCCCACCUCCACCACCUGGCAUUCUGCCACCUGGGGCACCUGCGGACCCUUGACCUGGCAGGAAACCGCCUCACGCUGCUGCCCCAGGGCCUGCCUGGCAGCCUGCAGGUGCUCAGGCUGCCCAGGAAUCAGGUCAACAGCCUGGACCCUGAGCCCAUGACCAACCUGAGCAUGCUCCAGGAGUUACACCUGGGACACAACCGGCUCCGGGUGGGCUCCAUCAUGCCCGGGACCUGGCAGGAGGUCCCUAGUCUCAAGCUCCUGGACCUCAGCCACAACGAGCUGUCUUUCGUGCCUCCUGAUCUUCCCGAGGCCCUGGAGUUCCUGUACCUGCAGGGGAACCGCAUCGGCAGCGUGGGAGCACAAGCGUUUCUCAGCACCCCCCACCUGCGGGCACUGGUCCUCAGAUCCAACCAGCUGUUGAUGACCAGCAUCUCCCCGGAGGCCUUUCUGAACUUGCUGCAUUUAGAGGUGGUGGAUACGUCAGGAAACCCUGAGCCAGUCAUCGUCAAGAUGCCCCGGCGGCCCCGGCGGCCCCAGGCUCACUGAGCCCGGCUGACUGUCUCGUCAUCCGGCAGGGACCCCCAGACCGCGGCACGUUCCUUCUCUGGCCACUCAGCUACCUUUCCCUCUGGGACCACUUUCAGGGCACUCAGUGGCCAAUGCUUGCUCUCUCUGUGAGCCAGAGGGCAUGGGGGUGGCGAGAAUGGGGGCCAGCUCCAAGCUGGCUUUGGGAGGACACGAGGCCCUCUUCCACUUUCUCACCUGGCAGGCCUUUGCCUGGGGAUCUUCAGGGGCAAGGGGCACGCAAACUCUAGGUUGUGACUGCUGAGUCGGACCUAAUGGCCUUGCCAGAUAUUCCCACCUUCCCCCGGCCCUCGGUGACAGUGGGAUGUCUGAAUUACAGCCGAGUGCUGUUGCUCCGUGCUCCCUUUCU